UCAAAAUGUUAAACACUGUAGAUAAAAGCACAUCAAACUACAGUGUUUUUCACUGUAUUUUGAAGGCUUUGUUCCAUGCUUCAGUGCUUCUCCCGUACUCCCUCUUCACCCACUAUCUCUUCAAAACUCUUUCACACGCUUCCUAAAGAAAUUCAUGAGUUCUUUGCAUUGUGCUUGAAAGAUUUUUUCCUGUACUCCCUCUUCCCCACCAUCCCUUCAAAAAGUUUCACACACUUCAUGAAGAAUCUAUCUGUUCUCACUCAAAGAACCUUCGUCGUCACCCCUACCACCACCAUUCACGUCGCCGGUCUGGCGAGUCCAGGCAUCAGGAGUCAUCUGAGUGGGAAACUAAGGCCAAGGUCUUCAAAUGUUUGUGAACAGGAUAAAUUAUUACCAAUCGCGAUCAAAUGAAUCCACAUACCUAGCAAGGAACGAAAAGCCGAUUUUAUUUUGUUCUUUGAGACCCAUACAGGAAGUUGAAUCAGUCCCCAUGUAUAGUUAUAUACCUUUUUUGAUCCUCACCCAAAACUCACCUGAACAUUUUUGUGAACAAAGGGAUACUUUACAAGGAAUGAAGAUGAGGAGGAAUUACCAAUUUUGGGGAUUUCCUUUAUUACCCCUGGAAUCAAGAAUCCAAUGAAGGGAAAUGGUUACUAAUGUUAUUCAAUCAAAUGUAAACAUUGCACCCGUCAGCCUCAGCCACGACAACAACAAACGUCUAGGAAGCAAAGAAGAUGUUGUUUUUAAAUGAUCUUCAACAGCGUGGAGGUAGAGGUUCAAAAUGUUAGUUCUUGAAAAGUGCAAUGCAAAGAAGAAAUAGAAGAGAAAGAGAAGAUAACGAGCAAUUGUUGGAGAUGGUGUGAUAUGGAUACAAAUCUAAUAACCACAAAAGAGAACACACCUAGACCAUUCUAGAAGAAUCAGGAGGGCAAAUCAAGAAAGUGGCUAGUGGUGGUUACUGAGAGAGAAUAGAAUAAAAGGGGAAGGAAUAUUUCAUUUAUGCAUCAUGAUGUUAUUUGUUAUGUUUGUAUUGCCUCUUGAGUAUUAUGCUUUGUGAGAGAGGGACCAUCCAUGGAC